AUGAGUUUUGCCGAUAAAGUAGUGAUAGUUACGGGAGCAAGUUCGGGUAUUGGCGCUGCAGUUGGAAUUAAAUUUGCAGAAGAAGGAGCCAAUGUCGCACUAGUAGCACGGAACAAAGUAAAACUGAAAGAAGUCGUUGCAAAAUGUGAAAAACACGGUGGUAAAGUACUUGUGUUGAUCGCGGAUGUAACUAAAAACGAAGAUGUGAAAAAAAUUAUAGAGCAAACCAUUAAACAGUUCGGGAAAAUAGAUAUUUUGGUGAAUAAUGCUGGAAUUAUUAGGAAAGCUGCUGUGUGGGAUGAAAAUGCAAUAGAUGUAUUCGACAGUGUCAUGACUACAAAUCUGCGCUCUGUGGUCCACCUGACAAACCUCGCUGCUCAACAUUUGAUUCAGACAAAGGGUAAUGUGGUCAACGUAUCUAGUAUAGCAGCAGUAGAUGCAAUGAGCCCUGAAUAUUUUGCUUAUUGCACAUCAAAGGCUGGUCUGGAUCAGUUUAUGAGAUCGGCAGCUCUUGAGUUUUCACCAAAAGGAGUAAGGAUCAACUCUGUAAACCCAGGACCUGUGCGAACGGAUUUUGAACAAAAUCUUGGUGUUAAUAAAAGUGAAGCUGACAGUUUUUGGGAUAAGACAAAGAAUUGGACUACUCUUGAUAGGAUAUCAGAGCCUGAAGAAAUAGCUGACUUGAUAUUGUUCUUAGCUAGUGACAAAGCGAGAUCUGUUACGGGAUCGUCUUAUGUUAUUGAUAAUGGUUGUUUGUUAAAGAGACCGUAUAAUAUAUGA